AUGUCAUCGCCCACCGACGCCGACGUCCAGACGACUGAUACCACUCCCACUCCCGCCACUCCUUCAAGCCGACAACUCGUCGUCCUCAUAUCCGGUUCAGGAUCGAACCUCCAGGCACUCAUCGACGCCCAAAACACACCUGCCCUUCCAAACACUUCGAUAGCCCUCGUUCUCUCCAACCGCAAAGCCGCACACGGACUCGUCCGCGCCACAACCGCGUCACCACCCAUCCCGACCGCAUAUCUUGCACUCCAACCAUAUCUACGCAGUAACCCUGGAAAGACAAGAGAGGACUACGAUCUCGAAUUAGCGAGGAUCGUGCUGCGGGAAAAGCCGGAUGUGGUAGUGUUGGCAGGAUGGAUGCAUAUCGUGAGCGAGCCAUUUUUGGAGGCUCUUAGGGGGACCCGGGAGGUUAAAGAUGAAGGUCAAGAACAAUACGAAUCGAGCAGUAACAAUGAUGAGAAUUCGGUCCCUACCAGUCCUAUCCCCGUAAUCAACAUCCACCCUGCCCUACCCGGUCAAUUCGACGGUGCCAACGCCAUUCAACGGGGGUACGAGGCAUUCCAGCGUGGCGAGGUUGACAAGCUAGGUGUCAUGGUUCACCGCGUCGUCGCCGAAGUCGACCGGGGCGAGCCUCUCAUCGUGCGUGAAGUCCCGAUCGAGAAAGGCGAGCCACUCGAGGUGUAUGAGGAGCGGUUGCAUAGAGUCGAAUGGGAAAUUAUCGUGCAGGCCACGAAAAGAGUGUUGGACGAGGUCAAGCCGCUGCCUUUGGAAGGCACCGAAAAUGCGUAG